GGCCGUGCAUUUCAAUAUCGGCAUGGCCUUGCUACGGCACAGCCUUGGCCCAAACUCUUGCAUACGGCAGCUGCAGUCCACACCAAAGCACUGGCGAUGGAGACCCAUUCCUCGUCUUACAUAUUCUGCACAUGAGCUACGCGUAAAUGCCUCUAUGCACGCUAGCGCUAAGGAGCUCUGGCUUCAAACCAGCGACAAGGCAGCAUUCACAGCCGCGCUCGAGUCUGGCCGCUUCUCCGCAUUUGUCUUCGGACCCGAUCCCGCGCAUCAGGCUCUCGCAGCCGCCUGGUCCUCCCUGGGCCGCUUCCGAUGUCUGCACCUGGACAGCCGGGGACUCCUAUCGGAGACGAACACGGGAAAGCAGGUGGGCGAGGUGGUGGCAGUGGACGGUCCGGAAGCGGCUCGUGCUCUUGAGGGCCGCGUGGGGCAGCAGAGGGGGAGGAGGAAGGUGGCGGCUGCAGGAGAGGACACCGAAGAGGCGGAGGCUGGCUGGGUGGGGUCGGAGGCCGCCUCGGAGUGGGUGCUUGUGUUGGAUGCCAAAGAUUGGAAGAUCAUACCGGCCGAGAACCUGGUGGCGCUAACCCAGGCCCCCGCGGUCAGCUCCACCUCCAGCUCACACACGGACUCCCCCGCGGGGCUGCCCCCGCUGCGGCUGCUGGCGGCUGCCGGCACCGCGGCUGAGGCCCAGCUUAUGAUGGAGGCCCUGCAGGCGGGGACUGCGGGAGCGCUGCUCACGUCCAACGACCCGGCACAGGUCCGUACACUUGUAUCGUACAUAUCUCGCCGCGACGCCGAGGAGUCAGGUCACCCGGACGCGCUUCUGCGGUACUCGGUUGCCCGGGUGGUGGCUGUACGGCAGUUGUGUAUGGGUGAUCGGGCGUGUGUGGACCUGGCGGGGUUGAUGCAGCCCGGCGAGGGCCUGCUGGUGGGCAGCUUCGCCCGCUGUCUGGCCCUCGUGCACUCAGAGUGCGGGGAGAGCCAGUACAUCGCCAGCAGACCCUUCAGAGUUAACGCGGGGCCGGUACAUGCCUACGUGUGCUGUCCCGCAGGUCGUACCCGCUACCUGAGUGAGCUGACGAGCGGAGAGGAGGUGCUGGUGGCUGACCCGGCGGGUCGCUGCAGGACAGCGCUGGUGGGCAGGGUCAAGAUCGAGAGGAGACCGCUGGUCUUGGUGGAAGUCGAGACGUCCGAGGACACGGGCGUGGCUGGGGAGCCACCUGCCCGGCAUACGGGGAUUGCGGUGGCGGAGUUCAUUCUGGAGAAGUGA